AUGGGGCCUUUUCAUAUUGCCGCCCCCAUGCUGAGAAACUUUUUGCCAUUCUUCCACGUAGAUUGUGCUCUUCAUUCACUCCUUCUUCGGCCAAGUCCGCGCAUCUACACUGCAUGCUUCUCCAGUCAUUUCCCAUUGCAUUUUUGGUUUAAGCCAGCACCAGCGUCGGUUAUAGCGACGACUCGCUGUCGCAGCAUCUUGGGCUAUCCACAGCCACUACCCGCGUCCCAACCCACGAUGAACCGCCGACGACGAUUUCUCUACAUCAUUGUUCUUUUCACAGUCGCAGUUGCGGUAAUUUACAACUCGUACGAAAGCAUUGGUCGUUUCCUCCGCCUUUUUGUGCCCCAUUCGGGCUAUCCUCUGAACCAAGACCAAGCGCUGGCACGGUUCAGGGUCCAGAAGCAGCAGCCCAAGAACGUGCCGCGCAUAAUUCACCAGGUCCUGCACAACUGGAGGCAGCAUGGCAACGAAUCAGAACUACUCCCGGAAUGGGAGACGCAGCGUCAGUCAUGCCGGGACAAGAAUCCCGACUGGGAGUACAAGUUCUGGACGGAAGACAUGUCGCGAGACUUUAUACGAAACGAAUUUCCCUGGUUCAUAAAGGCGUACGAAUCCUUCAGAUACCCCAUCCAACGAGAACAAACGGUUCGAUACUUUAUAUUACGACAUUACGGCGGCAUAUACAUUGACCUCGAUUUUGGCUGCGUCAACAGUCUCGAAAGCCUACGGCCAUACCCCGUCUUCAUUUCCGACCACCGCCGCGGCACCCUCGCCGACAAGAUCCUCGGCGCCGCGCCCAACCACCCGUUCUGGGUGCACGUCACCGAGACCAUCCCGCGCCACUCGCACUGGUACCUGCUCCCGUCGCUGACCGUCCUCUACGGCACCGGCCGCUGGUUCCUCACGGCCGCCUGGGACCGCUGGCACUGGGACAAUUGCCAGCAGACGCUGUUUCGCUACGGCAGGACCGCCGGCUGGCUCACCCGGCUGUCCAUGCCGCAGUGGCGCGGCGCCCCCGAGUGGUCCAUCUUCAGCAGCCACCGCGGCGGCACGGCCGAGACGUGGCCUGUCGACAUCUUCGUUCUCGGGCGCAAACACUGGAUCGUGUCCAUUGUUAGCGGUGUCGUGGGCUGCGCCAUUGGCGUCUACCUCGGCGUGAAGCUGUUCCGGAGGAGGUGCGCGCGACGGCGGAGGGGCUACCGGCCAGUGUCCGUUUCGGAAAGUCGCGUGUAG